CCGCGAUGCUUCUUCGAGAUCCGCGCGGGGGGGUACUACCUCGGCAGGGUCGUCCUCGAGCUCAAGGCGGACACGCAUCCGGUGACGUCGGAGAACUUUCUCAAGCUGUGCGAGUACAAGUGCUACGCGGGCACGAUGUUUAAGGUGUUCCCGGGGAACUGGAUCCGAGGCGGCGACUUCACGGAGCUGGACGAGGUCGGCGGCCAGUCCAUCUACGUCACCGAAGACGGCGGCCCUUACUUCGCCGACGAGUCCUUCGCGAUCGCGCACGGCGGCGGGCCGGGCGUGCUCACCAUGUACAACCCGGGCGCGCCCGACUGCAACGGAAGCCAGUUCAUGAUCACGUACCCGAAUGUCAACCCGGCGGCGCUGGACGGGACGCACGUCGCGUUCGGGCAGGUGAUCGAGGGGUGGAACGUGGUCGCGGCUUUGGAGCAGCUCGGGGACUCGAGGCAGGAGGGAGACACGUUUCAGAGGAUCACGAUCGAGCGGUGCGGCGUCGUG